GGCAAUUAAAGGUAGGGACCGGGGAGGUAUACUUACUUACUUGCACAUACCACGGAGUAAUACGGUUCGAUUAGGUUGCGACAUUGUAAUCGGCUGUCGCUCUUUUCAGUAAGUUCAAAACAAGUAGAUUUCGGUGCAUGGGAACAUCAAUAAACCCCCAAUUCUACACGACGAGGAUGCGUCAAGUAGCAUGGAAGGCCUUCCUUUAGAACCCUUGAAGUCGACACAAUUCCAAAUCGAGCCGACCAGAUUCCACAAAACCAUUUUGGAGUACGAGAUUACUUACAACAGCCCUAGAGCAAUACGCAAGCCACAUCAGCAAAAAGAGAGCUAAAGAGCAUCAGACAGGGAGUAGUCCCCAGGUCAGGAGAACUGGCUCAGCCAAAAAAAGCAUAAAAGGGAAAAGAAAAGAGAGAGAAAAAAUUUUUGGGGGGAAUCUUGAGACUUGAUCCGUACAGACCUGUGGGCCGCACAAAGGGACAGCCCUGAAUUGUAAGCUGGUCAAAAGCUUCCAAUCACUAACCAAGCCUUGACUAGCACCAACUUUUAGGCACUAGAAGUGACAGAAAACAGUCGUUGUGUAAUGAAUCGACUGGCAGCCGUUGAAAUUACCUAUUUAUUCAAGGUCGGACAAACAUCCAAGUCAAGUCAGCCAGUGCAGCGAUAUUCAUUAUUAUUCUAGUGGUACUACCUAGAAGAUAGUGUGGCCAUCUGCUGACCAGAGGGGUGAUUUGUGGGCCACAGUUGCAGAAUCAACAUGCAGCUAAGGCGAUUAGAUUGAUCUUGCACUGCCUGGCAUUGGGAAUCAUUCCUGCGGUUUCACUUUGACCACCUUAUAAUACAUAUUUUAUACAGCUGCCAUUGACUCUAUAGAAUAGCCACACAUCAUUGGUCCAUGCACGUCUCAAUGCCUCUUGCUCUUUCUUUCUUUUCAUUUUUCGUAUUUGUGUUUUUCUUUUUCCUUUCCUUUUCCCCGGCAAAUUUCGUCAGCUCUUGCCGCAGAGUUAAUCUAUCUGGAAAAAGAUUGGAUUUCAGUCGGAUAAACAUAAUACAGAAGAGCCAUGAGCCUCUUUGUUUAUAUACAUCAUCCAUCUAUGAUGUCUGAAGAGCUAUUUUCUAAUUUUCGAUCGUCCUUGCAGGAAUCCGAUAUUCAUCUUUAAUGGACACAAAACUUCCUCAGAGGGUCGAUCAAGCCGCCCCAAUGAGUUAAAACGCGACCUACUUGUACAGCAUUUACCUUCAUUCAACUCAUUCUUCAGAUACGGAAUCUAGACAGCAUUUCUAUAGUGAAGCAAAUCCCUACUCCUUUCGCUUACAAAAAUACAAUAAUACCAUAUACAUCCUAAUACCACGGAAGAUUAUGCGAGAUUAAGCACGGUCACCCGCGGGCAGCGCCCAUAGCUCCCAAAGCUCCUGCGCAGAAACAGGGACGCACCACGCACUGUACUCCGUAAUCCAUGUUUGUACAUUCUCCGCCUGACAACAACCUGAGGAGGAGACAUGCACCGACCGCAUCAAGCCAUGUCAUGGCCCACACUGCCAGCCAGCAACAGAACAUGUA